AUGGAAACGCCCCCGCAGACGACAGCAGUUCUCUGUGCCGUCAGUAGAUGGCGGUGUUGUGCGUCCAGGCAGCAGGAAGUUCAGUAACACCCACAUCACAUCCGCGAAACAAAACAGCAACAAAAGGUCUCAGACUGUCCCACCAAACUUCUGCCCAGCGAGUGUAUAGAUGCCAUCUGGAGCGCCAAAGGGGGAGAACUGUCUUGUAGACAUGGACAGCAAGGCAGGAGACCUGUUCAGUGCUGAAGAUGCUCAUCCAACUGGGACAGGUGGAGCUGGAGUCUUGGCAAAGCUCUGGCUCCCCAAAGGCUUCUCAGUCAGUAUGGCCAAAGAGUGGGUCGACAGGCGUCGCGCGUCCAUUCGACCAUGGGCCGGCUUUGUGGACCAGCGCAAGUUUUCCAAACCCCGCAAUUUUGGAGAGAUGUGUCAGAGGGUGGUGAAAAAUGUGGACACUUACAACAGCAACUAUACCUUCAUCUUCCUGGGUCUCAUCCUCUACUGCAUAAUCAGCUCUCCCUUGCUGCUGAUUGCCCUGGCUGUGUUUGCCGGUGCCUUCUACAUAAUCCACCUCAAGUCCCUGGAGUCAAAACUGGUUGUCUUUGGCAAGGAGCUGACGGUCCCUCACCAGAUGAGCCUGGCUGGAGCUGUGUCUCUCCCUGUGUUCUGGUUGGCUGGAGCUGGAGCCGCAGUCUUUUGGGUUCUGGGAGCGACGCUGUUUGUGAUCGGCACUCAUGCGGCGUUCCGUGAGCUGGAGCCGUCCGAAAUGGAAGAGCUCUUGAUGGAGUCGGUGUGAGGAGCAGGCCGAACACUCAGCAGGUGCAUGUCGACGAUCAGUCCACACUUUGACCCUAUCAACGUGGUAGCCGAAAGGGGUUUGACAUCAACUACUCUGAGGUCUGAACCAUAGCUCCAUGUGAAUUCGGCAUUCCCUGUAUUUGACAUAUUCCAGUGUAUCAAGAAUGACCCCUGUCCAUCCUCUGAAAUAGUUGUUGUUACAGACUGUAUUGCUUUUUUCCAAACUCAUUUGUACACACCCUGUAACUUUCCAUAUGUGCAAAUAAUGAAUUUGUUAAUGGGUAUUUAAGCACACUCUCAUACAGAUUAUAUGCCUUUUUCUUCACAUCGGAUGCCUCUGGUUUGCGUCACUUUGCGUCACCUUUUGCUCCCUGCAGCGUCCCUUAUGAAGUGACAUUGUUCUGCUUAUUUAUCUCUUUGCUAUACUCUCUGCUGUAGACGUCCAUCUCUUUUAUUAUGUACAUGUAAUGUUCACACUUCUGAACUCCUAAAAAUAAGAAUUUUUCCAAAGACAAAUUACAAUUUAAAGCUUUAAAAAAAAUAUGCCUCUUAAAAUGAUCUUUUACAAUAAAAAGCAGGACGCUUUUUAAAGAGACUUCAAAAACAGAUUUGGUGCAGGUUAUUAUGGUACUUUUCGUACGUGUGCAUAUCUAUUAACUCUGCUUGCAACAUUCAGAUCUGGAGGUCAUUCUGCAAACCUGAAAUAUUUCUUUUAUGAAAUGAAUCAUUAAUUUGUUUAAAUUUCGAUAAGUUUAGUUUUUUUUGUAUUUAAAUUUCAUUUUGAAAGUGCAAUAAACCCACGAUGUAAAGAA